UUUGCUUUAUUGGACAAACAACAACAAUACAAACGUGUAUUCACACAUUUGGACCAAAAUGGUGACGGUAAACUGUCGCCACCAGAGCUCCAAGUUUGCAUAGGGAAGAUAGGUGAAGAGUUGUCAUUGGAGGACAUGGAGAUGGUGGCGCAGUUGAUGGACUCCAAUGGCGAUGGGUUGUUGAGCUUUGAGGAUUUGGUUAAAGUCGUUGAAGGUGCAAGUGAGGAUGAGAAAGUGAAUGACUUAAAAAUGGCUUUCAAGAUGUAUGAGGAAAAAGAGGGUUGUGGUUGUAUAACACCUAAAAGUUUGAGGAGAAUGCUUAGUAGAUUAGGGGAGUCGCAAACCGUCGACGAGUGUGUGUUGAUGAUCGCGAAGUUUGAACUUGAUGGAAAUGGGGUCGUUGACUUCGACGAGUUUCAUCACAUGAUGGCAUGCUCGUGACUCGUGAGUUACUCGAGUUUUUGAUACUAAUUGAUUCAACGUAUAGAAAAAUGCAUUGAUAGGUUGCAUGGUAUAUAAUUAG